UAGGGCAUUAUACAAAACAGCUCCCCUUCUCCUUUCUCACUCAGCCGAACUUGAUAUCCAACCCAUCUUUUCCUUCCUCACUCAGCCGAACUCCGAAGGGAAGACCGACGACGAAGAGGAAGCAACGAACAACGGCCAACAACGCAGGAACACCUUCAUCAAACACCCACAUUCAGGUAUCAAGAAAAGCAGCUCAAACUCAAAAGAAGCCGAACUCCGAAGGAAGACCGACGACGAACAACGCAGGAAGACCGACGACGAACAACGGCCAAGAGUAACCACCGGCAAAAUGAGGAACACCUGCAUCAAGCACCCAUAUUCAGGUAUGGAAGUUGUGAGCAUUAUGUUCUAUUGGGGUGGAAAGAUUUUGCGCAAUCGCGAUGAAGGUGUGUCGUACGACAACGAACCACAGGGGUUGUAUAAUGUGCACAGGGGGAUAACAUUGGCCGAGUUGCAGGCUAUGAUGGUGCCGAAGGUUGGUACGCAUGGGGAAAUAAUGCGAUUAGAGUUUAAAUGUAGACUCCCAUGUCGGGGGAAGUAUAGGUUGCUGCCAAUCAAAGAUAAUGAGACCUUAAGUAAUGUUUUAGAGCUCCCACAUAAAUUAGGCCCUGAUUAUUUUUUGAAAAUCUAUGUAGAGAAGGAGAGCAAUUUUGGUGGCACAGAGAUGCCAAUUCCGGUGGGUGGGCCAUUCACUCAAAUGUUGACACAAUCGCAAUCCCCUGACAAUACACUUAUACAGUCUGCACACAUGUUCCCUGAAGAUUACCCUCCAUUCAAUCAUUCUCAGAGUUACAAUCAAUUAAAUGCAUCACAGAACCUAGAUGGUUAUUACAAUGCUGGAGCAGGUCCAAGUGCUCCGACAACGUAUAAUCCGAUGGUUCUUACAACCCCAUAUCCGCAUUGGAAUGAAGAAUGUCCACCGGUUUGUAAUGUUCAACGUACACCGGAGACGGCUGUACAAAAUUAUGCAUACUCCGAUGAUACAGUGCCAUUGUGUGACGAGGUUGGAGUAAGUGAUGAAGAUUCUGUGGAAGAUUUGGAUGGCGCAUGGGAAGGUGCGGACAAUGACUCCGGUGAUGACGAAGUUGGAGGGCAUCAUGAUAUGCAGGAGGUACACACAAAUGUCCAUAUCCCUUUCUACCAUAAUUUGCAUUUCGACAAUGAUGGUUCCAUCACUAGCUGUGAUGUUGUCGAACGUUGGCCAUUGUGGGACUUUGAAACUGCUAAUUUGGAGAAAAGAAUGAUAUUUACUGAUAAGAAAAGACUAGUGCACGCUGUUCAGUUGUAUAACCUGAAGCGCAAUCGAGAAUGCAAGGUCGUAGAAUCCAAAGGAAACAGUUGGGUGGCCGAGUGCAAGCACGGCUGCAACUAGAGGGUUCGGGCAAUGAAGUUAAAAGACAAAGAUUUCUUUCAAAUUAGAAGGUUCGAAGCGCCGCAUCAAUGUGUAUACCCUAGAAUGAAUAGGGACAAUUGCAACCUCAAGUCCGAGGUCAUUGCUCAUUUCAUCAAGGCACAAAUUGCGAUUUUGGUCAACGUGCAAUGGGUAAAUCACCAGAAAAAUGGAUCAAAAGCGUGCUUUUUGGGAAGAAAUCAUCCAAAUCUAAUUUUUCCGAAGGAAGAGAGCUUCUUGCUUCAUCCCCCACUGCAAAGUCUCUACGUCUACAGUAUAAUUCCACAGAACCAAAUUCAGUCCUAAACUGGUUAGAACGCUGGUCAGCAUCCCUCUUGUGGAAACCAAUUCCCUCAACAAAGAAAGUUGCUGGCUCAAAAUCCCAGAAGAAGAAGGUUAACCCACAAACUGUUGACCCUGAAACAGGCAGGGUAAAGCUUAGUGUCCGGAGGAUUCCUUCUUUAAACCUUGACAAUGUCUCGACUCAAUCCACUUCUGAAACUGAGAAACCAAGACGUAACCUUCGGAAAGUCUCGAGUCAUCCAGCAGAUUCAGUGCAGGAACAUCCGCAAAAUGAGCUUGAGAAGGUCAAACGCAGUCUGAGAAAGGUUCACAACCCUAAUACGGAGGGCACCAUUCAGUCUGAGGCCGACAGUGAGAAGCCAAAGUAUGGUCUUGAAAAGGUUUUGAGCUUUUCAGAUCAAAAUACUGCUGAGGAGAACAUCAGUGACUCCGGUGAGAAGAUAAAGAAAGGAACAACUGUCACUGUGUCCAAACUGCCUGAUAUAGAAGCAACUCUGGAACCACCAGUGGUGAUUGAGGCAAAUGAUUUGUUAUGUGAUGAUCAAACUGCAAUAGAAUCCCAGCCUCGAGAAAAUAGUGGAAAACAUGAGGGUAUUCCUGUGACAAAUGGAGAGUUAAGAUCUAGGGAAGAUAUAACUGUCAAUGAGAGUCAGAAAUCUGCCCGGACGGCUUCUUCUGCAGCAAAGCAGGAACGUGCGAAGAAUGGGGUACAAAACAGACCUGCAGUGCCAAGUUAUAUGGCAGCAACUGAAUCUGCAAAAGCAAAACUGAAAGCAUAAGGCUCGCCAAGGUUGGACCAAGAUGGAAUUGAGAAUCAGAAUCUCAGUAGGCGUCAUUCUUUGCCAGCUUCAACUAACAAGAAAACAAAUUCGCCGUCGCCAAGGGCACAGAGACCAAUACAUUCGGGUGGAAAACAUGGAAACAAAAGUGAUAGAUCUAUGUUGUCAUCUAGAGAUGGAAAUGGUAAGAAAUGGAAGAACUCAAAACUUAAUUUAUUUUUUUUAAUCUUCCCAUGCAUAGCUAUGUUCAUUUCGGUUUUUUUUAAAAGUCUUUUGGAAGCAUUUCCUGAAGCAUUUCUGAGGGUGCAUUUGAUAGAGUGAAAAAUAUGAUGGAAAGUAAGGUGAUAGAAAACUAAGGUGCAAGCCCAGACAGGCUAACUAUCCAAGCACAUGGCCAAACCAUCAGAUUACCUCCCACUUGUCAAUAGGCUAGGCUGUCUGAGGUUAACCCAUUGAUUGUGACAAGGAUUUUUUAUUUGUUUUUCCUCAUAUUUUCUACCUAGCUUGAGGUUCGGACUAAUAGGCUGCCUCUCACAAGUCAACAUGCCACAUCACAUGGAUCAACAGACCAAGCCAACUGCGGGUUAGGCUUCCAUGAAGUUGAUGCUAUCAUCUAUUUUGCUGGAUUAAAAGCAGUUGGUGAAAGUGUGCAGAAACCGUUGGUGUAUUAUAAUAAUAACCUUAUUGGCACAACCACUUUGUUGGAAGUUAUGGCUGCCCAUGGAUGCAAAAGGGUAUUUUUUGUGUGUUUUAUUUUCAUAUUAGAGUUCACAUUACAUAGGUUCUAGUCUGAUUUACUAGAUGUUGAUAUUGAUCCGCAAAUAAAUAUUCCAUCUCAGAAAGUUUGUUUCAUUUUAUGGCUUUGGGGCUUGACUAUAUUGUUUAACUGCAUCUCUCAUCUCCUUCAUGUUGUCACAUGAUUGUCAGUUCUCGUUUGCCUCCCUCUUUGGUGAAUGUGAUGCAGUCUAACCGGUCACUAGCAUAAAUCAACUAGUUAUUUAGAAAGUAUUUCUGCCCCAGGGGCCAUUCGUCAUUCCCUUUGCUUCCACUGUAGGUAGAGAAUGGACAUUUUGCUCAUUUCAGAGCAAUAAGUAAUACUGUUAAAUUUUCUUUAAGGGUAUUUGGGGAUUUAAGUAUAUGUAUUUUGGACCAGGUCUGGUACUGCUCCGGCUUAAGAAGAACUAUUAUAGUGCUGGAAUUUGGUUACAUUGUAUGUAUUGUAGAGCAAGUCUGGUACUUCUCUGGCUUUAAUAAGAACAAUUGUAGUGCUGAAAUUUGUUCCUUCACAGCCUUUAUAAGCUGAAUAAACCAUACCAAACUAAACCUUGUGUCCCAAUCAAGUCGAGUUGCCUACAUAAUUCGUUUUUUUCACUAUUCUGCUAUGUCAAAUGAGUAUAUAAGCUUAAUAUGUUUGUUAAUUACUAUAUAAGCAUAAUAUGUUGUUGAUUACUAUAUAAGCUGAAUAAACCAUACAAAACUAAACCU